AUGAGCGAGUCUAGUCAAGUGCAGGUGUUCAGGUUGCUAAAUCCGUCCAGCAAGCUUAAGUACCAGUCAAUUUUACAGUCAGACUAUGUAUGUGAGCGGCUGGACACGGUGACUGCAUGGCAGAAGCUACAUGUGAAGCUGAUUACGUGGAACUUGGGGUGCAUGGAAGAUUGUCCUUUAGACCAUAUACGCCAGCUACUUUCCUCCAAUCAAGGAUAUGCCGAUAUCUACAUCGUGGGAUUUCAGGAGACUAUCCCACUGACUUCAUUUUCUGCCUCUCCCAAAGUAAUUGACCAGUGGUGCAAUCGACUGCUCGCGGCUCUGCCUCCUGGCCAGUUCAAGGCGGUGCACCGGUACGGGCUGCUCGGACUGACAAGCGUGGUGAUAAUUAGAGCCGAAAUAGAGAGCCAGGUAUCUGAUUGCAGCUCUCGAACCGUCGGACUCGGCUAUCUGAACUGGUACAACAAGGGCUGUAUUGAGACGCAAUUUUCAAUUGGCCAAAUAGACGAGAAGCUUGCGGGAGUGCGUGUCCAGGUGUUCAACAUGCAUCUGACGCACGGCGAGGAAGAAUUAUCGCUGGAUGUGAGGAACCAGUGUUUAAAGAAAGUGCAGGAUAGUUUAGGAACGAUUAGAAAUGCAGCACUUGCUGGCCCAGCACCGGCUGUACAAGAUGAAUGGGUCUGCGAGCCGCAACUGAGCCAGACCGAGCUUGAGAAAAUCGACAGCUCGACAAUUCGCAGGAUAUUCAAGAAAGAGUGCCGCAAGGUAGUUUUCGCCAGUGGCGACCUCAAUUACCGUCUGGAAAGCAGAAAUGUCAAUGACAAUAUCUAUAAAGGUGACUAUGAAAAAUUGCUGGAGAGCGACCAGCUCCGCGCACAGAAAAACAAAGGUAACAUUUUCAGCGGAUUUUCUGAGGCUGAGAUCCGGUUUCGUCCCACGUUCAAGGUGACCGAGACGCUUGAAUACGAGGAGACCCGUGUGCCAUCGUACACGGAUAGAAUUCUGUAUAGCGCGGAUGACGGACUGGAGCAGCUGACGUACGACGUUUGCGAGGUGAGCGGGUCUGACCAUCUGCCAGUGGUGGCAGAGUUUGCGUUGGAUGCGAGAAUUGUCGAUUUUGGCGCUCUGAAAGCAGUACGUUCCGAGAUCGGAGCUCAACUGGACAGAAUCCUCAAUCAGAUGGAGAUCGUGGACGUUUCGCCGUCGCUGAUCGAUAUCGACGUCGUUGCUGGCUUAAAGGAGGUGUUGGAAGUCACUGUGAGCAACCUCACGGAGGAGCCGCUGCAGUACAAUCUGGAUAUUGGCAAACGGUUCUUUAGAAAACCCGUGAUCAAGCUGCUGAACGACGACGGCAUUUUGCCGGCCAAGAAAUCGAAACAGCUCAAAUUCCAGAUCAACACCUCCAAAAUCGAGAAAAUCGACAAAACACUCACAAUGACGUUUGCAAACUUCGAAUUCGUCAAGUUUCUUGCAUUCUCCGUGUCCUCAAAGUCAAUCCUGUUCCAGCCUGUACAUGAGCUCGAAGAAAUGCAAUAUCAGAACAUAGUGCAGUCGUUUGACUUUAUUUUGAAAGGCACAACAGAUAAUCUAUUAACAGGAAUGCAGUCUGUUGUGGACCUCGCCUCGUUGAACGAGUUCGAGAUAUCAUUGUUGAAAGAUAUGACGCUGCGACAGAUCAACUUCGACCUGCUGACCAAGCUGAAUUCUAUAGGAAUGGUGCAAAACGAAGGAUCGUGUGGACUCAUGAAUGUGCUAUAUUUGUGGCUAAAAAGCCUGCCAGAGCUCGCAGGAGAUAAGAGGUCUGGCGUCGUGCUGCGCAAAAUGAUCGCCUUGAUAAAAUUCCUCAAUCUCGAUCAUGAAUCAGGGUUCAAGUAUUUUGGUUUUUUCUUUCAAGACGAGUAUGAACUGGAACACGCUCUCGAGUCCUAG